ACCAGACCCGGGCGGGCGUGGAGUAGGCGGGGCAGCGGGCGAGGCUGAUAACGGUCUCGACCGGGAGGUCUCCGGGCUCGCGGCCCGGAGCGGGACAGGAGCCUGGUGCCGCCACCCCUGUGCUCCGCGGCCCGACCGGCGCCUCAGACAAAAUGGCCUCGGCGUCCGCGCCUGACUAAAGGCGCGGCGCGAACCCGUGAUUGCGGCGCGGAGAGGGAGCGCCGCGGGCGGGCCCCGGCGCGCACGGCCGCGUGUGCUGAGCUGCGGCCAUCGGGGGCUUUCCCCGAGCUGCAGCCUUACGGGGGCUAGUGCGCAGCUCUGCUAGCAGUUCUGUGGUGUUCUUGGUCACACAUUUAUGGAGUUUCUGAAGGGCAGUGGAGAUUACUGCCAGGCACAGCACGACCUCUAUGCAGACAAGUGAACUGUAGAAAUUCAUUACUACUCCACCAAGAAGCCCCCAUAAGAGUGGUUAACCUGGACACAGAGUGUUGAAUUGAAAUCCACAGAGCAUUUUACAAGAGUUCUGACCUGGAUGGGGUAAACCUCAGUGCACUUCCUUUCUGUUGCCUCAGUAUUACUGGAUUGAAGAAUUGCUGCUUCUUGUUAGGAGGUUCAUUUCAUUUCCCAUUACUCCCAACUUCAUACUCAAAGCACUGAGAAUUUCAAGUGGAGUAUAUCGAAGUAGACUCAGUUUCUUUGCAUCAUUUCUGUUUCAAUUUUUAAAAUUCUUUCAUAACCUUAUUGAGUGUUUUUAACAAAAUUAACAUGGCUCGAAUGAACCGCCCAGCUCCUGUGGAAGUCACAUACAAGAACAUGAGAUUUCUCAUUACACACAAUCCAACCAAUGCGACCUUAAACAAAUUUAUAGAGGAACUUAAGAAGUAUGGUGUUACCACAAUAGUAAGAGUAUGUGAAGCAACUUAUGACACUACUCUUGUAGAGAAAGAGGGCAUCCAUGUUCUCGAUUGGCCUUUUGAUGAUGGUGCACCACCAUCCAACCAGAUUGUUGAUGACUGGUUAAGCCUUGUAAAAAUUAAGUUUCGUGAAGAACCUGGUUGUUGUAUUGCUGUUCAUUGUGUUGCAGGUCUUGGGAGAGCUCCAGUGCUUGUUGCCCUAGCAUUAAUUGAAGGUGGAAUGAAAUAUGAAGAUGCAGUACAGUUCAUAAGACAAAAGCGGCGUGGAGCUUUUAACAGCAAGCAACUUUUGUAUUUGGAGAAAUAUCGUCCUAAAAUGCGGCUGCGCUUCAAAGACUCCAAUGGUCAUAGAAACAACUGUUGCAUUCAAUAAAACUGGGGUGCCUGAUGUCAUUGCCUUGGAAGUGGAACUUGAAACAGGACCUAAUUUGUCAUACAUAGUAGCCAACGUGUUGGCUUAGUGAAUAAGUCUAAUGAAGCUUCCAUAGGAGUAUUGGAAAGCAGUUUUAUCAGGCCACAAGUUUGAUGGAAUUGCAACCUCUAUGCUUGGGUUACGAUCAACCUGUUUUGGACACUUAGCAAAAGAUUCUUGCUGUUGAACAUUUAAAAUGUGCUUAUCGCUUGUACCAAUUGACCGUUCCUGAAAUCAUGCAGUAUUGAGUUAUGUCUUUAAAUCUAUUCCCAUGCCAGAAUCUUAUCAAUAUAUAUGAAAUUUAGAAAGAUUAGGUGCCAAAAUACCCAGCACAAUACUUGUAUAUUUUUAGUGUUAUACAGAACUAAAAUCCCAGGAACUAUGAACACUCUGGACCUUAUGUGGUUUAUUCCUUCAGUCAUUUCAAACAUAGAAAUUAGGGCCUAUAUGGUUAUUUGCCUGCUCACUUUAUGUUUACAUCUCCCACAUUUGUACCAGUAUACAUCAGGUUUGCUCGACCUUUUUUUUUUUGGAUUUUUACCAAGUCUUAACAAUGAUUGUUUCAUGUCUUUCUACAAAUUUUAUUUUGUGCUGUUAAGGAAAACCUCCAUUUUGAAAAUCUACAUUGUACAGAAGCACAUGUCUUUAAUGUCUCCAGACAAAAAAAGCCUUACAGUUAAUUUUAAUGUUUGCACUUUGGGGUGCAACUUACAGGGAGGGCCUGAAAAAAAGAAUGGGAGGGGGCUAUUAAGUAUUUUUAGUAAAAUGUUGCCUUUGUCUUGUGCAGAACAUGUAGAAUAUGCUCUUUAAUUUAGUAAAUAUUUUUUUAAAAGGUAGAGAUGCUUUGUUGUAGCUAAAACAAUUCUUAAUCAUAAAAUUUCUGAAAUUCUUGUAUUUUUUUUCUUAUCUGAAGUUGUUUACCAACUUAUUUUUGUUUGAAGUGUGAUUUUUUUUCCUUCUCUUCCCAACCUCUCUUGCAAAAAAAAAAAAAAAAAAAAGUGGGUUUCUGCUAAUGAAUUGAGCAGACAUCUAAUAUUUUAUAUGCCUUUUGAGCUGUGUAACUUAAUAUUUGGAUACUUGAUAAUUUGUUUUAUUAUGUAAUUGAUAAAAUGGUGAUGUGUAUUAAUGUUAGUUCAACCAUAUAUUUAUACUGUCUGGGAAUGUGUGGUUAUAGUUCUGUGGGAGAAAUAAUUUGUCAGUGUUCACCAGCUUGUAAAAAUCUAGUGCGAGAGCUUAAACAUCUAAAUAAAUAAUGAAAUGCA